GUUAGCCUCUGCUAUAGUUAGCGUGGACAGCUACCUUAUGUGUUGCUGAGUGUUGUUUUACCCAUCGGGGUAUAUGAGUUUGACAUGACAGACUGACCACAAGCUCACUGGUUUUCAAAGCUAACCUGUAACGUAUUCAACUUAUCAGAUUGCUGGAGACAUGGCAACAGAACAUGUUAAUGGAAAUGGUACAGAAGAACCAAUGGACACGACCGCUGCAGUUACCCAUUCUGACCAUUUCCAAACUUUGUUAGAAGCUGGUUUACCACAGAAAGUUGCUGAAAAACUAGAUGAAAUUUACGUAGCAGGCCUUGUAGCACACAGCGACUUAGAUGAAAGGGCAAUAGAGGCCUUGAAAGAAUUCAAUGAAGAAGCUGCACUACAAGUUCUCGUUCAGUUUAAGGAGAGCGAUCUUUCACAUGUGCAAAACAAAAGUGCCUAUUUGUGCGGAGUAAUGAAGACGUACAGACAGCGGGAGAAGCAAGGGACCAAAGUUUCAGACUCUACUAAAGGACCAGAUGAAGCAAAAAUAAAAACGCUGCUUGAGAGAACCAACUACACACUCGACGUGACGACAGGACAGAGGAAGUACGGUGGACCCCCGCCAGAGUCUGUGUACUCAGGACAUCAGCCGCAUGUUGGCACAGAGAUAUUUGUUGGGAAGAUUCCAAGGGAUUUGUUUGAAGAUGAACUGGUGCCUUUGUUUGAGAAGGCCGGCUCAAUCUGGGACCUGCGGCUCAUGAUGGACCCUCUCACCGGCCUGAACAGGGGCUACGCCUUCAUCACUUUCUGCACUAAAGACGCCGCACAGGAGGCAGUGAAGCAAUUUAACAAUCAUGAAAUUCGCCCGGGCAAACACAUUGGAGUGUGUAUAUCGGUUGCGAAUAACAGACUGUUUGUUGGGUCAAUCCCCAAAAGCAAAACGAAAGAACAGAUCGUGGAGGAGUUUUCUAAAGUCACAGAGGGUCUUAAUGAUGUCAUCCUGUACCAUCAGCCCGAUGACAAAAAGAAGAACCGAGGCUUCUGCUUCCUAGAAUACGAGGACCACAAAGCAGCCGCACAGGCCCGGCGGCGGCUCAUGAGCGGCAAGGUGAAAGUCUGGGGCAACGUGGUCACGGUGGAGUGGGCUGACCCCAUUGAGGAUCCAGACCCCGAGGUCAUGUCUAAGGUCAAAGUUCUGUUUGUCCGAAACCUUGCAAAUAGCGUAACGGAAGAAAUACUUGAAAAAGCAUUCAGUCAGUUUGGUAAGCUGGAACGUGUAAAGAAACUGAAAGAUUAUGCCUUCGUUCACUUUGAGGAGCGGGACGGAGCCGUCAAGGCUCUGGCUGAAAUGAAUGGGAAAGAGCUGGAGGGUGAGCCAAUUGAAAUUGUUUUUGCAAAGCCCCCCGACCAGAAGAGAAAAGAGCGAAAGGCCCAGCGGCAGGCAGCUAAAACACAAAUGUACGAUGACUAUUAUUACUACGGCCCCCCUCAUAUGCCCCCUCCCCCUAGAGGUCGGGGCAGAGGCGGUGGUGGUCGGGGGGGUUAUGCCUACCCCUCUGACUACUAUGGCUACGAGGACUACUAUGACUACUAUGGCUAUGACUACCACAACUAUCGCGGUGGCUAUGACGAUCCCUACUACGGUUAUGACGACUAUCAGGCACCGCCAGCCAGGGCCAGAAGCAGCCGAGGGGGUGCACGAGGAGGCGCCUCUCCAGCCAGAGGGAGAGGAGGGGCAGGGGCGCCCCGGAGCCGAGGAGGGUCUGGCGGUUACCCCCAGCGAGGCGGAGGGGGUCCAGGAGCGAGCCGAGGGUCACGGGGGUCCAGAGGAGGUGCGCAACCGAGAGGCCGCGGGGUACGUGGUGCGAGGGGUGGCCGCGGUGGAAGUGUAGGAGGAAAGCGCAAAGCUGACGGGUACAGCCAGCCAGAUUCCAAGCGCCGCCAAACCAAUAAUCAGAACUGGGGCUCUCAACCCAUUGCUCAGCAACCGCUACAAGGUGGUGAUCAUUCUGGUAACUAUGGUUACAAAUCUGACAACCAGGAGUUUUAUCAGGAUUCUUUUGGGCAACAGUGGAACUAGAACUGUAGGGCUGAUUUUUAUUUCAUAAUUUUUAUUUUUUCCCUCAAACCCUCUCCUUUUUUUUAUCAAACGAAAGAAACUGAAAAAAGACUCAAUCUGACAUCUGAUUGGCCCUUCAAUCCAUAUGGUUGCUUACCGUUUACUAAUUGGUUAUAUCUGGCACGGUUUUUAAUGUACAUAUUUUCAAUAAUCCGCUUGGACUUGAAAAGUAGUCACUCUGUGCUUCGGGCGUACUGGUUUUAUUGUUUUAAAUUUGUGUUCAAUCAGUGAUCUAUAAUCUCGGAUUUGAAAGAAAAAGAAAAAAAAAAAAUUUUACUUAUGUGCUCAAACAUGUCUAUUUGGCUUUAUAGCAUCUUGUAUGUUCAUAGCAAUUUUGGUCUCCAUGUCUUAAGUAGGUGACCGCUGCAAAGCAAAUAUCUCCUCAUAUUGUAUUUACCAUAAAGACCAUUUGUAUGUUACAAAAGAAAAUGCUAGUACAAUAGCGUUGUUGUUUUGGGGGGGAAAAAGACUUUUUUGGCUUUACAUUUUGGCUUGUACUUUGCUGUUUUGUCUGCUUUAAUAAACAUUACACGCACCAGUGUACGAAAAACAAACUCAAAUUGUGUUUCAAAUUCAUGUUUCGGCAAAUUUUCUCCUUAAAUUGCCUACAAAUUUAAAGCUCCUUGUGGAAGAAAAGGACGUAAAGGUUUGCCUAUGUUAGCCACAUGCUGCAACCUCACUUAUGCAUGCCAUCAAAUUUGUAAUCACCAAGUCGGCAUCCUCUAUCCACUUUCUCCAACUUUUAUAUGUAUGUGUAGUGACAUACUCCAUCAUUUCAGUUACCGCAAACCCAAAAGCAUAUGUUGAUUUAAAAAAAAAAAAAAAAGUUCUUCCAUUGGGGAAAAAAGACUUUGAGGGAUUUUGUUAAAGAAAUCCCACCAAAACACAGAUGUUUCUAGCUAUCAGGAUAAUCUUGUGAUGGAGCAUCCAUCAAUUUAGGAACCAGAGAUCACAGGAAGCACAAUUUGAUUCCUUUUGACAGGAGAACUCGGCAAAAUCAGACAGAAUAUCUGUCUCCAAACGCUUUUAACACUGAUCUGGCUCUGCAUGUACUUACUUCUAAGACUAAAAACUUCCAGGAAGUAAUUGGCAUGCAUGCACUUACCUGCCUCUAGACUAAAACUUCAUUUUUUUAAAAAAUAACAAUAAUAACAAAUAACAAAAAUAACAGGCCAUAACUUUUUCCCCCACUAUUCUUGUCACCAGUUAGACACACCAGUAUCACUGUUCUGCUUGUUUUCCUUAAACCAUAGUCUUGUGCAUGUGAAUUGGAAGGAUGUUGGUGGUAGUGAUAGUGACUGCCUUCAGACAUUUUUUCCCCCUCUUUUUUUCCCCCCUCUUUGUUUAGUUCUAUCGUCUCAACAUCCCCAGUGAUGUUCUCAAUCUAAUUACGUCUGCCAUGCACUUAUCUGUAUUUUUAGUUUGUGUUUGUUUAUGUCUCUGUUUAAAGCUCAGAUGCUUGAAUUAUCUCCUAAUUGUUUCCUUUUGUUACCC